GAAGAAGACAUGGCGUCACGACUUUUCAUAAACAGUUGCAGGUGAAAAUAUGAAGAAUUUGAGCCGUGUUUUCACCUCAGACAUGCUUCUCGCCUGAUUGACCGCCGAGAUGGAAAUAAUGGCUGUGAAUCUGCUGGCCACGUCUCCGUCCACCUCCACGCUGCCUCCGUCUCCUUGUGUGGAGGACUCCGGCUUCCCCUUGUCCUCUCUGGACAGCGAAGACUAUGUGUUUGUGGAGACUCGGCAUCCCAACAAAGUGCUGGAGGGCUUGAACAGCUUACGGCUCAAUAACGCCUUCUGCGAUGUGACGCUGUGCUGCGGAGGCCAGGAGUUUCCCUGUCACCGCAUCGUUCUGGCCUCCUUCAGCUCUUACUUUCAGGCCAUGUUCUCCACCGACCUGAUGGAGUCUCGUCAGGAACGGGUGGCUAUUAACGGGGUGGAGCCGCAGAUGAUCGGGAUGCUGGUGAGCUACGCCUACACAGCGGAGGUGGUGAUCUCCAAGGCCAACGUGCAGGCGCUGCUGGCAGCCGCUAAUCUGCUGGACGUGAUGGCAGUGCGCGAGGCCUGCUGCCGCUUCAUGGAGCGCCAGAUGGACGAGAUGAACUGCGUGGGCAUCCACUGCUUCGCCGAGGCGCACUCGUGUCGAGAGCUGGAGCGACGCAGCAUGGAGUACAUCCAGCAGCACUUCAGCACCGUCAGCCAACAGGAGGAGUUUCUCUCUCUGUGUGGCGAUAAACUGAUCGAGAUCAUUUCCAGUGACCAUCUGAACGUGCCAAAAGAGGAGACGGUGUUUGAGGCGGCCAUUGUCUGGCUGGAGAAGAGCCUCUCGCGCAGACAGAGCUUCGAGAAGGUCCUGGAGCACAUCCGCCUGCCCCUCAUCAGCCCCUACUACAUUCAUGAUGUCAUCGAGACUCUGGAUGUGGUGAAGGAGUCUCUCCAGUGCCAGAAGCUGAUCUCCGAGGCCAAGGAUUAUUUACUGCUGCAGGACCGCCGGGGAGAGCUGUACAGCCCUCGAGCAAGACCUCGACGCGCUACAGGAACUGCUGAGGUGAUCGUGACGGUCGGAGGAGAGGACGAUAAGGUUGUUCUCCGCAGUGUGGAGAGUUUCGAUCCUCUCAAUGGCCAGUGGAAGAGCCUCGCCUGCCUGCCCUUCGCUGUCAGCAAACACGGCCUGGUUGUGUCCGGCUCUAUGCUGUAUUUGGCUGGCGGUGAGUUUCCGGAUGGCUCCGCCAGCAGAGAGAUGUGGCGCUAUGACCCUUGUUUUGACUCCUGGUUAGAGAUGGCACCCAUGAACGUGGCGAGAUCAGAACUGGGGCUGGUGAUGUUGGAUGGAUAUGUGUUUGCUGUGGGCGGCUGGGAGGGCCGCUCCCGCCUGGACUCUGUGGAGUGUUAUAAUCCUCACACAAAUACAUGGCAGUUCAUGGAGUCGGUCAAGAUGGCGGUCACCAGUCCUGCUGUGGUCUCGCUGGAUGGACUACUCUAUGUGACAGGAGGUGCUGUUUUGGAGGAUGGCGAUGGCACAGACCUGGCCCAAGUGUACAACCCUAAAACAUGCGUGUGGAGUGAAGUAGCGCCCAUGCAGAUCGCCCGCUCCGGCUCUGCGUCCUGCAUCCUGAAGGGCAAGAUAUACGUCAUAGGCGGAUGGCACGCUUCCACUGAAAACACGGAUAAGGUGGAGUGCUACGACCCCAAGACCAACAAGUGGACCAUGUGCGCUCCUAUGAAAGAGAGACGCUAUCGGCCUGGGGUGGCGGUGGUGGACGGCAAGAUUUAUGUUCUUGGAGGAGAAGAGGGAUGGGACAGGUAUCAUGACACUAUCGAGCGGUACUGCGAGGACUCGGACAGCUGGGAGAUUGUAGGAGAGAUGCCCACCAGUCGCAGCUGGCUGAGCUGUGUGUCUCUGCACCUCCGCAAGGACGCUCACGCCGGCAGUCGACCCGGGACGGCCUGCGAGACCGAGUUCCCAGUCGACUGACCUGACGGGAUGCCUGCUUCAGCACCGGCUGGACACAAGCCCAGAGGCAGCUUUCAGAGCCGCCGCCGCUCCAUCAGUUUCCACAGGACGGAGGAGCUUCAGAAAACCCCCCAUCCGCUGCGCUCCUCCAGAGAGAGAGAGUCUGCGGGACGUCCUGAUUUCUGUGUGGUGAUGAUGAUGAUGAUGUUCACUUGACGUACAGGGUUUCAUGCGCUCGCCACCAAUCAUGAUUGUGACUUGUACUUGUUUUCUAACAGUGUCGUAGUGAAGCGUUUUGUACUUUUUGUACGGUGAAUUUGUUGUUGUUGUUUGUAUUUAUUAGACGUGGGUUUGUUGUUGUGCUGAGAGAUUUCUGAUACACUGAAACAUGUCGACUGGUGUUUAAAGAGAAAACGGUCACACUUUACUGUAAGCUUUCAUUAGUUAGUAAAAAUAGUUAUUAAUAAUUAUACUCCUAAAAUGCUGGGUUGUUGAAACUCACAUUUGGGUCAAAUGUAAAGUGUAAUUUAACCCUUAUGUCAUGUUGGGGAUGUUUUCAUCCACUAUGGGUGCUGUUGAGUGUUAGUUUGGCCACAGCCUCUGUAUGUUUCAGCAAUUGGAAUGCUUUUUGGUGUCUAAUCUUAUUUUAACACAUGUUUUGGGAAAACGCUUUGAAGUUUUUCAAAAACUCAACAAUACACUCUGGGCAAACUGACUACCCUUUCGUUAUGUUGGUGACCGUUAUUGCCCCAUUGACUUCCAUUGUAACCACAUUAUUUUAUUGCAAUAUAUAUGGCAUCAUGGCUUUGCAAUCUCGAUUGUUGUUGGUUUUCCCAGUUGGGAAGAGGUAAAAUUAGAAACUCAACAAUACACAUUGCGCAAACUGACUACCCUUUCGUUAUGUUGGUGACCGUUUUUGCCCCAUUGACUUCCAUUGUAACCACAUUAUUUUAUUGCAAAUAUAUAUGGCAUCAUGGCUUUGCAAUUUCGAUUGUUGGUGGUUUUCCCAGUUGGGAAGAGAUAAAAUUAGAAACUCAAUAAUACACUCUGAGCAAACUGACUACCCUUUCGUUAUGUUGGUGACUGUUUUUGCCCCAUUGACUUCCAUUGGAACCACAUUAUUUUAUUGCAAUAUAUAUGGCAUCAUGGCUUUGCAAUUUCGAUUGUUGGUGGUUUUCCCAGUUGGGAAGAGAUCAAAUUAGAAACUCAAUAAUACACUCUGAGCAAACUGACUACCCUUUCGUUAUGUUGGUGACUGUUUUUGCCCCAUUGACUUCCAUUGGAACCACAUUAUUUUAUUGCAAUAUAUAUGGCAUCAUGGCUUUGCAAUCUCGAUUGAUGUUGGUUUUCCCAGUUGGGAAGAGGUAAAAUUAGAAACUCAACAAUACACUCUGGGCAAACUGACUACCCUUUCGUUAUGUUGGUGACUGUUUUUGCCCCAUUGACAUCCAUUGGAACCACAUUAUUUUAUUGCAAAUUUAUAUGGCAUCAUGGCUUUGCAAUUUCAAUUGUUGGUGGUUUUCCCAGUUGGGAAGAGAUAAAUUAGAAACUCAACAAUACACUCUGGGCAAACUGAUUACCCUUUCGUUUUGUUGGUGACCGUUUUUGCCCCAUUGACUUCCAUUGUAACCACAUUAUUUUAUUGCAAAUAUAUAUGGCAUCAUGGCUUUGCAAUCUUGAUUGUUGUUGGUUUUCCCAGUUGGGAAGAGGUAAAAUUAGAAACUCAACAAUACACUCUGGGCAAACUGACUACCCUUUCGUUAUGUUGGUGACCGUUAUUGCCCCAUUGACUUCCAUUGGAACCACAUUAUUUUAUUGCAAUAUAUAUGGCAUCAUGGCUUUGCAAUCUUGAUUGUUGUUGGUGUUUCCAGUUGAGAAGAGGUAAAAUUAGAAACUCAACAAUACACUCUGGGCAAACUGACUACCCUUCCGAUAUGUUGGUGGCCGAUUUUGCCCCAAUGGCUUCCAUUGUAACCACAUUAUUUUAUUGCAAUAUAUAUAUGGCAUCAUGGCUUGGCAAUCUCGAUUGUUGGUGGUUUUCCCAGUUGGGAAGAGGUAAAAUUAGAAACUCAACAAUACACUGCGCAAACUGACUACCCUUCCGAUAUGUUGGUGGCCGAUUUUGCCCCAAUGGCUUCCAUUGUAACCACAUUAUUUUAUUGCAAAGCCAUGAUGCCAUAUAUAUUUGCAUUCUUGAUUGUUGGUGAUUUUCCCAAUUGGGAAGAGGUAAAAUUAGAAUUUUUUUACUGUUAAUCAUGAGUUCCAGAGCAAAAAACAUGGAGUUUUGUGUGUGUGUGUGCGUGAGAGUUUGGGAAAGAUCUUUGCGCACUUAUAUUGAUUAAUCUCAACUACAUGAAGUAAACAAAAACAGUGUAUUUUCAUACACACACUAUAAUUUGCUGUUAUACUCCAUAUAAAAGCCAAAAACCUUUUUGCACAGGCCUGUCUAAAGGGUUUAUGAUGCCAAAUGAUGAUCAACAGAACAUUUUUACCUCUUCUCAACAGGGAAAACCACCAACAAACAAGAAUGCGUGAUUAUAUGGUGUCAUGGCUUUGCAAACAAAAAAAUGUGGUUGUAAUGGAAGUCAAUGGGGCAAAAACUGUUUAUGAAAAGUAACUGUGGGAGAAAUGAAAUUGGUCUGAUGCUGCACAAAGACUAACAAUGCAUCAAAGCCAAUGUGGUUACUAAUCUUUCACAUGUCCAAGACUGUGAUGAAUGGUAAAAAUAUAUAGUCUGCAAUCACCUUUUAUAAUGAAAAUAAAUCAUUUUUGUGAUCCCCUAAAUCAGUGACAUCAUGAGUUUGGCAAUUAAAGACUCAAAAUCCUCGAUUGAAGCUGCGGUCACACUGGACUUUUCUCCUCAUAGACUUCCAUUCAUACGCACGCAAAUGGGUCAGACCGGAAACACAAGGUCGUGCGUCAAGUUUCGCAGGUCACUGCGGUGAAAAGUUCAAGCUUGGUGAACUCUGACCUGCGAAAUCGCAUCACUUGACUGCGUGAGACCGAUCUAAACAUGACCUCUCUGGACAGAAAUUUAAAACAAUCGGAUUGGAGCAAUCGCUCGCUUAUUUUAUUGUCUAUUAAUCUUGUUUAAUCCCUCCCCUUUUCGUAGCGCCGCACGACAGAAGUUAGCAUUAUCAAACUCUAGUGUAACCGCAGCUUUAAACUUGAAAAUAUUUACUAAUAUUAAUUAGGACUGAGCUUAAUUAACAGAUUUAUGCAAUACCCUUUUCAGUAGUUUAACACAAUGGAAGGGUAGUAAACUUGAACACUACACAAGGGUUCAAUCUAAUUUGGAAAUAAAAACAUUGUCCAUGUUUGACCCAACAUUGGAUUACAGCAACCCAACAUUUUAGAGUAUAGUAAACAACGAACAAUACAUUUAUUACAGUUUUAAUUCAUCAUUGAACAGUUGUUUUUAAUUAAUUGACGUUAACACUGUUACCUCAGAUUUAAAGGGCACCUAUUAUGCAAAAAUCACUUUUAUAAGAGGUUUAAACAUAGUUGUGUGGCAGCAGUCUGUGAAUAUAGCCAGCCUCUAAUGGUUAAAAUUGAAUAAUUGUAUUUUUUUAAUCACACAUGAUAAAAACAGUCUGCAGAAACACUUUGAUUGACGUUCUCUCUUUGUACGUGUCAUCAGAGGAAAGCCCCGCCCCUUAGUGACUAUCUCUCCCUCAUUAACAUAAGAUGAUAGAUGAUAGUCUAGUUUUUUUAAUCUGCCACUAUGCUGACACAUAGUCAUUUGUAGCUCCGCCCUAUUUUAAAAAAUAGCACAAUCUCUUUUGAAUUUAAAGCGACAGUCACCAAAACAACACAAUUAGGAUCAAAGCCUUAAAGGGGCACUCUAAGAGAUGUAAAACAUUAUAUGUGGAGUAUUUUGAGCUGAAACUUCCCGUCACACACUCUAGAUCAGGCAUGGGCAAACUUGAUCCUCGAGGGCCGGUGUCCCUGCAGAGUUUUGCUCCAACACUAAUCAAACACACCUGAACACCCUAAUUAGUGUCUUUAAGAUCACUAGAAAGCUACAAGCAGGUGUGUUUGAUUAGGGUUGGAACAAAACUAUGCGGGGACACCGGCCCUCCAGGAUCGAGUUUGCCCAUCCCUGCUCUAGGGACAUCAUCAGAGACGUAUUUUACAUUUUGUAAAAGGGGCAUAAUAGGUCUCCUUUAAUUUACAGAGCAUUAAUGUGAACAAGCACAGAUUUUGGAUGCAUCAGUACAUGUUGAACUAUGAUUAAUAAUACUGUACAAGUAUUGUUCAUACUUAGUUCAUGUUAGCAUGGAUAAUACAGGGUUUCUUUUAAGGGACUUUGUAAGACCCUUUUAAAACCAUUAUGAAUGGAAUUUUAGACUUAUACAGGGCUAAACACAAAUAAUUAUUUCUAAUAGCCCAGUUGGGCCAAUAGCAUUUUUUUUUUUGCUUUCCACAAAAAAAAUAAUGUAAUUAUUUAUUAGAGACGUACUUUAAUGUGUCAAAACAAGAAAACUCUAGUUGUAUACACUAUUUUCAACAUAUUUCUUUCUUUUUCUUUAAAUGACAAGUUUAACAUUGUUAAAAGUAUAUUUAUUGUGGAGACAAUUACAUAAAUAAUCAAAAGAAUAUAUAUAUAUGUUGGUCCAAAUUGAUUGAGUAUAACUUCUAUUUUACCUAAUGCAUUUCUGAUAUAAAACCUUAAGUUUCAUACCUAUUUAUAAAUAUUAUGUCUACCUGCCCUUCUGUAAAGAGUUUUUAUGUGAAUGGAAGAUAACUUAAGGGAUAUAUUGCUCUGUUAUUAUUACGAGGAACUGUGUAAUUGUUAAGUUUUCUUCCCCUGGUUUUAUUAAGAUGGAUUGUUAGUGAUGUCAGCCAGAUUUAGUAGCUUUACUUAAGACCUGUUUAAAAUUAUUUAAGACACAACACAAUAUUUCAGUGAAUUUAAGACUUUUUAAGGCCUAACAUUAUGUUUUUGAAAUUUAAGACAGGUCACACUUUAUUUUGCUGGUCCAUUUGAGUAUUAGUAGACUGUCUGCUUAAUAUCUGUUAAUACAGACAUUGACUAUAAGAAACUCUGCAAGUACAUGUCAACUUACACUAACUCUAACCCCAACCUAACAGUCUAGUUUUGCUCUAUUAAGAAUUAAUUGGAGUGUGGAUGCAAUGUAUCUUAAAUUUAACAAACGGACCAUCAAAAUAAAGCGUAACUUUAUGACUUUUUAAGACCCCACAGAUACCCUGUGAUAACUAGCAUUAACUAAUGGAAGCUUAUUUGUACAGUGUGAUCGAGUAAGUAGUCCGUGUGUUGUGCACAGUACGCUGUUUUUCUGUGUAUGUAUGCCCAAAUGACCUUCUACAUCUGCCAAAACGUACAGCAGAGCUCGGGACUGGAUUGUAUCCCACAAUGCACCACGCUCAGCUCCAUUGCCUACUGCGUGUAAUGAAAGAGCCUGAAUUACAGCCGCAGUUUUUAAACCCAUCUUCCGCCACUCUUUAUUUGUGUGGAUUAAUGAACGUUGUGACUUUUUUUAUGAGUAAUAAAAUAAAGAGAGAAUCUCACUGACUAAA